CACAUAUGUCCCCGCCUUCCAAAGAUGGUUCUGUGCGUCGAUUGGUCCCCGGGGUUGUCAAUGUUAGCUGGGAGGCGUGGUCAGCACUUAAUAAAGACGCUGCUGGCGCGGCAGCUGCAGUCCGUUUCAGCGCGACUAGAGCUCCGGGUGGUCAGCGAGAGGCGGAGCUCGGAGGUUCCGUCCGGUUCAGCCGCAGCGUCCCACCGCCCGGUGUCUCGUCGCAGCUUCCGAAGAGGAGGCCGACCCUCCCUGUCUCCGUCAGAAAAAUGUCAGCUCCAGCACAGCCGCCCGCCGAAGGGACAGAAGGGGCCGCCCCAGGUGGGGGUCCCCCUGGCCCUCCUCCCAACAUGACCAGUAACCGACGACUACAGCAAACACAGGCCCAAGUGGAGGAGGUGGUGGACAUCAUGCGUGUGAAUGUGGACAAGGUUCUGGAGAGGGACCAGAAACUGUCGGAGCUGGAUGACCGAGCCGACGCCUUGCAGGCAGGCGCAUCCCAGUUUGAGAGCAGUGCCGCCAAGCUCAAGAGGAAGUAUUGGUGGAAAAACUGCAAGAUGAUGAUCAUGCUGGGAGCUAUCUGUGCCAUCAUCGUGGUAGUUAUUGUAAGGCGGGACCGAAGAGCUGGAAGCAAGCAGUCAGUGUACCCUCCCAGCGGUGCCCCUGGAAGGCCUCCACUCUCCUCCGGGCUCCUCCUGGCCCUAGUGCAGGGGUCACCGCUGGAGAAGAACCACACCACUGUCCUCGCUGAGGCCCAAGCCUGGAGCAAAUCUGCCCUCUUGGCCCCCCAGCCCUAUCCCCCCCAUGGGAAGUAUUUUCUGGGUUUCCAUCCCCCUGAGGCUCACCAGAUACAGUUGGGUAUAUGUUCUGGGGGGUGACUGUUAGCCCUCCUGCUUUUCUUUCUCACCCUACCCCACCCUGGACCCUCUUCUGUGUCGUUGCUGUCUCCUUCCCACCGUCCAUGUGCAUGAGCAAAUAUGCAGCUGAACCCUGGACUUGGCAGUCAAAUGAAGCUGAGCUUCCCACAUCCCCUUCCUCGGUUUGCCAUGAGAUGAUGUGGGGUGUCCACUGUGUGUCUGUCAUCACCUCUGUCUGUUUUCCUACCCCAAUCUCAUACUUGUAGAGAGUAAUAACAGCUGUACUUCUGCCAAAGGCAUGUGGCAUAUUUACCGAUUUCAUGUAUUCUGAAAACAAAGGCCAAAAAAAAAAAAAAAAUACAGGUUCCUACCAUUAAACCAACUAAAUUGUGGUCUGGGGAGUGUCAUUUCUUUCUAGUACCCAGA